AUGUAUUAUGAAACUAAAGAAGGUGACAAUGAAAUCAAAUUAUUGUGUUCGAUCCAAGAAAAAAUAGCUGAAGAAAAUGAACUAAGUGAUGAUGAAGUAGAAAUAAAAACUAAAAACAAUCGAAAGCGUCGCCGAACUGAAGCAUCCAUGCUUGAAGAAGAAAAUGAAAUCGAUCGAUUAAGUAACGUUCGACCGAAGCGCGCAGCAGCAAUGCGUGUCAAUGAAAUCAACAAUGGUCGUCGAAAGAUCGACGAAUUUAUUUCAAAAAAAAGAUCACCUAAAAAAAGUCUCAAAUCUUUGAAAAUUGGAUCGAUUUUACCAUCGAUACCAAUUAAUGAUUGUGAAAAUUGUCCAAUAUGUGAUCGACUUAUAUCUAACGAUAUACUUGAAAUACAUACUAAUGCUUGUUUAAUUAAUAAUAGUGAAGCGGGCAAAGAAUUAAUUGAAAAAAGUAAACAACGUGCAAAAACUGAUGCUGAAAUUAAAGAAGCUUUAUUUCAACGAAUAACUCGUCAAAACGUAGCAAGCCAUUUGAUUAGAAAUAACAGUGAAACAACUACUUGUCCCACAUGUGGGAUGCAAAUGACAGUUUCUCGUCUCGAAAAUCAACAUAAAAAUGAAUGUUUGAAACGUUAG